GUGGUUACAGUCGACGUUUACCAAAUGCAAGUGCACUGGGAAAGAUUUUCACAGCUUUGCCUUUUGGUGAUCCCAUUUACCAGAUGUUGGAACUGAAGCUUGCCAUGUACAUUGAUUUCCCCAGUCACAUGAAACCAGGAAUUCUCAUUACAUGUUCGGACGACAUAGAACUUUACAGCACUGGAGUUGAAGAAACCAUCACAUUUGAUAAACCUGGAUUUACCGCAUUAGCUCACCCUUCAGAUUUGACAGUUGGGACCACUCACGGAGUGUUUGUUUUAGAUCCAUCCAGUUUUUCAGGAAAAGGAGAACUUGAAUACACAUCUUGCCGUCAUUUCCUGCACAAGCCCGAUAUUGAGACGAUGCGCCAGUGUGGCGCAGUAUGCGUAAGAGGGAAUUGUUCUCAGCUAAGUUCCUCUGGAGACGACAGCGACUCAGAAAUGGACUCAGAGUGUGUGUAUACAGACAGUAUCUUUUACAUGGAUCAUAGCAUUGCAAAACAAUUACUGACAUUUUAUAAGCAGAUGGGCACGCUUUGCUGUGAAAUAGAUGCAUAUGGUGACUUCCUUCAGGCCCUGGGACCUGGAGCCACUCAAGAUUACACAAAAAAUACCAGUAACGUCACGAAAGAGGAAUCACAGUUAGUAGAAGUACGGCAGAAGCUAUACUCUCUUCUGAAAGGAACUACGCUUAAUGUUAUAGUCUUAAACAACUCUAAGUUCUAUCACAUUGGAACUAUGCAAGAGUAUUUGUUUCAUUUUACAUCUGAUAGCAAACUGAAAUUUGAGCUCGACUUACUGUCUGUGGCUUUUAGCAUCUUUUCUGACAAAGCUGAGACCUUGGAUCAGUCAGCAAGUAUCAUUCAAAGCAUACUUGAGCCUGGAUGUUUUAUAGGACCUGGAUCCGUUAUUGAAUACUCUAGAAUUGGACCUGAAGUCUCAGUAGGGAAGAACAGCAUUAUUAGCGGAUCGUACAUAAAUUUGAAAGUAGACAUACCUUCAAACUGUUUUCUGAGUUCAUUAAGUAUAAAAAUUAACGAUCAAGUAAAGUAUGUAAGUAUGGUGUUUAGUGUAGAAGAUGACUUGAAAAAGAGUGUGAAAUUGUUGUCAGAUAUACAUUCACUCCAGUUUGUUGGAGUCAGCUUACUAGUAUGUUUGGACCUCUGGGGUGUAAAGAUUUCAGACCAGCUCUUCUCCAGUGAGAACACAGGUUUGGGGUUGUGGACUGCUAGGAUUUUUCCUGUUUGUUCUACUUUAAGUGAAUCAGUUAGAACGUCAUUAAAAAUGUUAAAUUCUGUGCAGCACAUGUCAGCUUUUAAAUUGAAUGGCUUUAAGCUCUUGUCUGUUGAAGAAAUGCUCACCUACAAAGAUGUAGAAGACAUGUUGAAGUUUAGGAAGCAAAUUUAUGAUGAAAUCUGUCUACAAAGACAAAAAGAGAAGUCUGAUUUGUAGAAGGAACGGUACUUGAACAAAUUUCCUGUUUUCAUUUGUGGAUGAUUGAUUACUUCCCAGCUUGUAAAAAUCAUAAGGAAAAAAAGUACACAGGUCUUUUCUCUGAUUCCAUUGAA